AUGCACUUCAUCAACAACCUCUCCGUGGCCGUUGUCGCCGUUCUGGCUGCCUCUGCUCAGGCCGAGCACCAUGGUCUGCGCCAGCGCCAGUUCCACCGUCCCGGCCAUGGCUUCGAAAACCGUGGCUUGCCCACCGUCUACAGCACCGUCAGCCCGUCUUCCUCUGCUGUUCCCUCCAGCGUCGUGGCUCCUAGCCCCGUCAGCUCCCCCGUGUCUGUUCCUCUUGGCACCGGUGCUGCCGGCUCUGCCUCCGCGGGCUCGGGUCCCAAGUCUGAUGUGACCCUGACCUACACUCUGGGCACUGGUACUUCGACCAGCGUCGUCACUACCACCAUCCACCGCACUGCUACUAACGACCACACGGUCUACGCGACUGAGACCCCAGCCGCCAAUGGUGAGCAGCAGCAAGGCUCCGGUAACGAGGCCGAGGGCGAGACCACCAUCACCCGCCACUCCACUGCCACCGUGACUGCCACCGUCGUCGAGGUUCCCACCGGCCAGGCUACCGGGGGCAGCGGCCAGAACUGCAACCCCUCCACCGUCACCGUGACUGCCACCGAGACCGUCACCGUGAACAACGGCGCGACCUCUGCUCCCACCGCCGACAACCAGCAGCAGCAGGGCGGCUCUGACAACGGCAACACCGAGUCCGCUGCGCCCGUCGGCAGCGGCAGCACUGAGUCCGCUGCGCCUAUCCCUAGCGCAACGGCCACCUCCAGCCUGGCCCCUUACGGCAACGGCACCCACUCGAUCCCUCCCCACAGCAGCGCCUCCGGCUUCGCCACCAGCUCUGCUGUCCCCUCCGGCUCCGCCAGCCUGUCCAACCCCAGCGGCAAGCCCACUCCAUCCAGUACCCCUAGCGGCUUCCGCCCCACCUUCAACCGCCGCUACCUCUAA